GUCCCGUGGUGUGACAGAAGGGAACUGGAUGAAGCGGAGCCCGUGACUGUGUUGUUAGCUAGAUGUAUAUGUGCGAGCUGAGUCUUACACGGACCGAGCCGGCUUCACCUCCACUGCAAUUCACGACUGCAAGACCACUACACGUCAAACGGAAUUAGGAAUAAAACUUGUCUUUUACAACAACAACAAAAGGAGGAAAUGCAGCAGUUAGCUCCCUCUACAUAGAUCGCCACAGUAUACAACACUGACAGCUACAGAUCUGGUGGAAAUACGAGCCGACACCAGGACCCGAAAGCACAAGUGCAUUUCAUCUGGCGACUUCGUUGUCAAGCUCAAUUAUUGCCCUCUCUGCUGCUGCUGCUGCUGCUGCUGCUGCAUGAUGUGUGUGCCCGUGUUCGCGUGUGUUUGCAAAACGCCGGUGCUUUUUGUUUCUCGGGAAUCCCAGCUGGUUGCGGCUGCUCCCGGCCCACAGCUACACUGAUGAGCCGCCAGCGGGGUCCCACAGCCGAGCUGCAGCAGAGAUAUCCAACACCUUCAUACAAACGCCCAGCGUCCCUCCCCACACGCUUCCUCUCCCCGAGCACCUCACUCUGCACGAUAUUCCGGUUUAAAGACACGGACAUGGCAUCUCUGAGCCUGUGACUUAUUUUUUUCCCCGCAAGAAGACCAUGGCGAGGAACGCUGCGGUGGAGCGGAAAAACCUCAUUACCGUCUGCAGGUUUUCUGUUAAGACUCUAAUUGAUCGCUCCUGUUUUGAGACCAUUGAUGAUUCGUGCUCGGAAUUUACAAAUUUUGCAGCCAUUUUGGAACAAGUCUUGACACAUCGCCUCAAAGGUCAAGUAAAUUGGUUUGGUUUUGAAAGCCCUCGAAGCUUCUGGGACUUCAUACGUGUGGCCUGCAGCAAGGUACCCCAUAACUGCAUCAGCAGCAUUGAAAACAUGGAGAACGUAAGCUCGUCAAGGGCAAAGGGAAGAGCAUGGAUCCGAGUAGCACUCAUGGAAAAGCGUCUGUCCGAGUACAUCUCCACUUCUCUAAGGGACAUCAAAACAACCAGGAGAUAUUAUGAGGAUGGGGCCAUUGUGCUGGGGGAAGAAGCUAAUAUGCUUGCUGGAAUGUUGCUUGGACUCAAUGCUAUUGACUUCAGCUUCUGUUUAAAGGGUGAGAGUUUGGAUGGCAAUAGUCAUGCUGUUAUUGACUAUACCCCAUAUCUGAAGUUCACACAAAGCUCUGAGAGUAUUAGCAGUGAUGAAGAGGAGUUACGGACUCUAGGAAGCGGUAGUGAAGGCAGCACGCCCGAGAAUCUUGGUCCACAGUUUAUUACUGAUGAGCACAGCUGGUACAACAAGUGCAAACGAGUGGAGCAGAAAUUCAGACUGGCAUUGGAGCAGAAGGGCUAUUUGGAAGAGUUGGUACGUUUGCGAGAAGCGCAGCUUGCGGAGUCAGUAGCUCAAAACAAAAUUGUCCGACAGAGAAUGGAGGAGAUGGACCUGAACCACAAACUGGAGAAAGAGCAACUGGAGUUUAUCAUCCUUGAACUGCAGGAUCAGCUAGCAGUUUUAAAAAAUAAUGAUUUGAGAUCACGACAAGAAUUAACAGCACACCUUACGAAUCAGUGGCCUUCCCCAGGAGCAUUGGAUGCAGACGCUGUUGCUUUAGAUACACUUCUGUACAGAAAGCAUUGUGGACAGUGGGAUGAGCACAGUUUUCAAAGCUUGGAGCAGCUCUCAGCAGAGAUCAGUCUUUCUUCAACAUCAUUAGAUCCAUUGCACCCACAGAAAGAGGGUGAGGGAAGACAUGAAAACUCAAAAAGUGAUGGGAAGGAGGACACGCCCUCGUUACUUGGACUCUGUGGAUCCCUGACCUCCAUGACAAGCUACAAAUCUCUUACAAGCUUGAAAUCCAGUGAAUGUCUUGCAAGUCCAAAUGCAGAGAUUAACAGCCCGGGGCUCACUCCAUUUUAGGAAUGGCAUCAUCUAAGACCGAGUGAACCUGGUAUCUUGGUAUGCACUAAAAUGACAUUGCAAUCAUUCAACGAAUCCUGAUAACUUGAGACUUUACUAAUCGGUUCAACAAGAUUUGUAGAAAAAUCAACUAAAAUGCAUUGCUGCUCUGUUUUGUGAUAACGUAACCAUCUCCAAAUGAUUAUGGCCAUUUCAUGCAGUACUUUUACUUGAAUGCGUUUGCUUUGGGAAUUGUUUCAGGCAUACAAAAUGUCAAAUCUACUGGUUGUCUUGUUUAUUUUCCCAAACUGCCUGCUUCAAGCUGUCUUUACUUCUGUAAAAGUGUUACUUGUCCACUGCUUAUGUCAUUUUUCAAAAGGCCCAAACAACUGGUUUAUGUACUUUUGGAUUGAAGAGGAUGUUCAAAUGUCAAAUUAAUUUCUUUACUUAAAAUAUUGUUACUUUUACUGGAAACGUUUAAGUGCAAUUAUUCUGUUUUUGUUCUUAAUUAAGUUUGCAGAUUUCUGGGUAUAUUUCAUUUGAUGAUGCACUUUAAUUUUAAAUAAUUUCCAUCUAGCUGCUUGCAUUCUAACUGCUUGGAUCAAAGCCAUUUUCCACAGAUGCAAGUGCAGAUGAUGUCUAAUUGUUGGAACUUGAUUAAAUUGAAAUUAGAUAUCUUUGACAUUACUCCAGGGCUGAAUGUAUCAAUGUUAAUUUAAAAGUUUUAGAUGCCUACUUCAAAAGAAAGUAAAUGGCAGCAAACAUAUUUGAUGGUAUUCGUUUUUUUUAAUGUAGCGGUCAGAUGAUGGUGUGUUCACAUUGUGACAGGAUCUGUCCAUUUAUUCACAUUGGGGAAAUCAGUACUGGUUUCCCCAAUCAAUCUUGCACUGGUUCUAAUGCCAUAUUUCAUAUUGUAAUUAUCUAAUUUCAGUGUAACAACAUCAGACACAUGCCGUUUCUGACACAUUUCCUUGCACCAUAGACAGAAAAAGAACCUGAAUUUGGCUACCCCAUUAAUGGCAAUGUUCUGCAGCAAAUCGAAGCAAAUCACCAAUUAAACACAUUAGGAAUUGGCAGGUAGAAUUUGUUUUGAUCCAUUUAAACAUACAGUAUAGCAAAAAGAACAUUGUCAUAAAUGAAAGGUACACUGUUGAAAUUAAAAUUGUGUACCCCAGCUUAUUUGUUACCUGUAACCAGGAAUUAUCCUCAGAUUUUCAAUUUUAAAGUGAAAGUUCCACUGCAGUCUUUAACCCCAUUGCAUUUGCAAUAAUGUCAAUGUAUUUGACCUUCUGACAUGUAUGUUCACUGUCGAUGUUUUAUUCUACAUGGCUUAAAAUCACAAUCAUUCCUCACUUUUACUUUGAACUGUUUACACACAAGACUAAUCACUGAAGCUUAUGGUGAACAUGAUCCUUUUGCUUAUUUUUAAAAUUGGCACUCUAUUUUUAAUGUUUACAUUUCAAUACAAUCUCUGUUUAUCAGUAGGCAUUUUAUUCUGUACUGAACUAGUAUUAAACUAGUAUUAAGCUGCUGGUAAUGUGUACAUAGUGCAUGAUAAGUUUUUCUUUUAGCACCAAUGUGCAUUCACAUAUUUACUUUGUUCAGUCUUAUCUAAAUGAGGAAAAGGCAAUGCCAAAAUUAUAUUCUUAAUUUUUGGCUUGAUAAGUUAUGUGAGUCUUAACAACUGCAUGUGUAAUAAAAGUGAACAAAAA